UGUAGUCAUGGGUAUCGAUACCAACAGAUUGGUGGCCAACAAGAUAGACGAGGGACUGUUAUGUCCGAUCUGUUGCGAUAUAUUGGAGGAGCCGGUGAUGAUCGACAUCUGUGAGCACGCCUUCUGCAGGAAAUGUAUCGGUAUAUGGAUGGGAGGACACAAAACUUGUCCUGAGUGUAGUUACGCGAAGAAGGGCUGCAAUUAUACCUCAUCUCUAGAGUCGAUUGAAGCCCACGAAGACGAGUGCUCUUUCAAUGAGAUCAACUCCAGAGUGACUAUCAAAGUACUGGCGCUCGCGAACGAACAGCCCUUCCUAAGGCGCUCUACAUAUCGGUAUAAAUUUGAUUAUAAAGUGUUGAUGACAUCGAUGACGGACCAGAACAAGAAGGCUGCCAUCAAAAUAGCGAAGGAAGCGCUGCACAGUCUCGGCCGCCAAGACUUCGGCCAAAUCGCCGCUUAUAUUAAGAAGCAUUUGGAGCCCCAGAAGAAUAAGUACUGGCAGUGUAUCGUCGGAACCGACUUCGACUGUCUG